CCAUCAUGCAGUACAAGACUCUCGCUCUCGCUUCUCUCUCCCUCAUCGGGGCUGCCUCCGCGCAGCAGGUCGGCACCUUGACGUCCGAGACCCAGCCUAAGAUGAGCUGGUCUACCUGCACUGGCACUGGUGGAACAAGCUGUACCACCAAGUCUGGCUCCGUCACCCUCGACUCUAACUGGCGAUGGGCCCACACCACCAGCGGAUCCACCAACUGCUACACUGGCAACGAGUGGGAUGCUACCCUCUGCCCUGACGGCGAAUCUUGCGCAAAGAACUGCGCUAUCGACGGUGCUGACUACAGCGGUACCUACGGUAUCUCCACCAGCGGCAACGCCCUUAGCUUGAAGUUCGUCACCAAGGGCUCCUACUCCACCAACAUUGGAUCCCGUACCUACCUCAUGGAGUCCACCGACAAGUACCAGAUGUUCAACCUCAUCGGUAACGAAUUCACCUUCGAUGUCGAUGUUUCCAAGCUGCCUUGCGGUUUGAACGGUGCUCUUUACACCGUCGAGAUGGCCUCCAACGGUGGACUCGGCGAGGGCAACAACAAGGCUGGUGCCAAGUACGGAACUGGUUACUGUGAUGCUCAAUGCCCUCACGACAUCAAGUUCAUCGGAGGAAAGGCCAACUCCGACGGCUGGACCCCCAGCGAGAACGACUCCAACGCUGGAUCUGGUGAAAUGGGCGCCUGCUGCCCCGAGAUGGAUCUCUGGGAGGCCAACUCCAUCUCCACCGCCUACACCCCUCACCCUUGCAGCGAGAACGGUCUCACUGCUUGCACUGGCACUCAGUGCGGUGAUGGUGACGAGCGUUAUCAAGGUCUUUGCGACAAGGAUGGAUGCGAUUACAACCCUUACCGCAUGGGCAACAGGGAGUUCUACGGCCCCGGAAAGACCAUCGACACCACCAAGAAGCUCACCGUCAUCACCCAAUUCAUCGGCUCCGGCACCACGCUCUCCGAGAUCAAGCGUUUCUGGGCCCAAGACGGCGUCGUCUACGCCAACCCCGACUCCUCCGUUGAGGGUCUCACCGGCAACUCCAUCACCGACGAGUUCUGCACCAACCAAAAGGCCGCCUUCGGCGACGAGACCCACUUCAGCCAGCUCGGCGGAAACAACCAGAUGGGUACCUCGCUCGCCAACGGCCACGUCCUCGUCAUGUCCCUCUGGGACGACCACUCCGUCAACAUGCUCUGGCUCGACUCCACCUACCCCACCGAUGCCGACCCAGAGGCUCCCGGUAUCGCCCGUGGUACCUGCAGCACCGACUCUGGCAAGCCCGAGGAUGUCGAGUCCAACUCGCCCGAUGCUACUGUUGUCUUCUCCAACAUCAAGUUCGGCCCCAUUGGCUCCACCUUCAAGCAGCCCGCAUAAAUGGCUUCGUCGGAUUUGUAAAGCAGGGGAGUGUUUUAGACAGAUGGGUAUCUUUGGCUUGUCACGGGUUUCAAAGAUUCGCUGAUAUACUUUCGCUUGUUUAUAUUUUGUGCUUGUUAUGUAGAAGGGACGUUGGGAGAGUUCGUGAGAAAGGAACGGAGAGAUUCAGCAACUGUGUAUAAAUGCUCAAAAUUGAAUACUGUCAACCAUUAAGUUCUCGUUCUUUCAUGAUUUUACCUAUGCCCUGCAUUUCAACUCUUUUUGUUAUGUUGCUGGUCUGCCCUACUAACCGUUCGAAGUGGCUGACGUUUCAGCGCAUAACGUGCAGCAUAACGCUCGACUGACCGCUUUACUACCACUGAUGGUGCAACAGUGGUACAUUAAUUCGCAAACCUUUUGCCCAUUGUUGUUUGCUGAAUAUUCACUUAUUUCUGUUUGCCAGUCACACAACUUUCAUGGUGUCCUUCUCGUGACGUGUCCCUGUGACCCAGAAGCAUUCACGUGGCAAACUCGCAAUAGCAUUGAGUCCAAGGAUGCUGCCCCUCACGGCUUGUGGUGGGUCAGGAUAACAACCGUGUGCCAAACGC